AUGCACAAGUCUUGGUCGGUGCACACCAGGUGUCAGGCCAUGUUAGAUGCUGGUAGCGCGGUAGGGUUUUUCUUCUUGCGAAACAACUCCUUGAAGCGUGAUAUUGGGAAGGCCAUUGACAAGGCGCCGAGGUGGUGUGACCCGCACUUGGUGGGCGAACCAGGGAGCUUUUCUUUUCUGUUGAAGAUGCCCACGUCAUUCGAGGAGCAAGCUGCAACGGGCAACGGGCAACGGGCAACGGGCAACGGGCAACGGACAGCCCGGGGACAGGCAGAGAGAAAACACCACACCGAAUCCAACGUUGAAUCCCCCACCCUCACCACUCCCACCACCUCGAGCGCCCAGACACAGACGCACGACCACAUGGCGCCCGUCGAACUGCCCGCGCCCCUUGAGGGCAGGAAGCGCAGAAUCGGAGUCAUGACGAGCGGAGGAGACGCGCCUGGAAUGAAUGGAGCAGUGCGAGCCGUAGUCCGCAUGGCCAUUCAUAACCAUUGCGAGGCCUACGCCAUCUACGAGGGCUACGACGGCCUCGUCAAAGGCGGCGACAUGAUCCGGGAGAUGAGGUGGGAGGAUGUUCGUGGCUUCCUAUCCGAGGGCGGCACCCUUAUUGGCACAGCGAGAUGCAUGGAAUUCAUGGAGCGUGAUGGCCGGCGCAAGGCAGCCAAGAACAUGAUUGUCAAGGGCAUCGACGCCCUCAUCAUCUGCGGUGGUGAUGGCUCCCUUACAGGCGCCGACAAGUUCCGCGGCGAAUGGCCGGAGCUGCUGAACGAGCUGGUCCAGAGCGGCGAGCUCACGGCUCAGCAGAUAGAGCCCUUCAAACACCUAAACAUUGUGGGCCUGGUCGGCUCGAUUGACAACGACCUGUCCAUGACGGACGCCACCAUUGGCUGCUACACAUCGCUCGGCCGCAUCUGCGAGGCCAUAGACUCGGUCGAUACCACCGCCGUGAGCCACCAGCGUGCCUUUGUGAUCGAGGUCAUGGGCAGACACUGCGGAUGGCUGGCCCUGAAUGCGGGCGUGGCAACGGGCGCCGAUUUUGUCUUCACACCCGAAAACCCCCCACUAGAGGGGUGGGAGCACGACAUGUGCAGGCAGAUCAAGAAGCACCGCGCCAUGGGCAAGCGCAAGACCAUUGUCGUCGUGGCCGAGGGCGCCAUUGACCGCAACCUCAAGAAGAUCACCUGCCAGCAGGUCAAGGACAUUCUCUCCAACGAGGCCAAGCUCGACACACGCAUCACAACACUAGGGCACGUCCAGCGUGGGGGCACACCAUGUGCCUAUGAUCGCAUGUUGUCCACGCUCCAGGGCGCUGAAGCCGUCAAGGCCGUCCUGGAAGCCACCCCAGAGACUCCCAGUCCCGUCAUUUGCAUGUUGGAGAACAAGAUUGUUCGACGGCCGCUUCUCGAGGCCGUGGCACAGACGCAGGAAGUCGCCAUUGCCAUCAAGAACCAGGACUUCCACAAGGCCAUGCAACUCCGUGAUACCGAAUUCGAGCAGCAAUACCAGGCCUACUACAUUACCACCGCCGCAGACCAGCCCGAGCUCAUGCUUCCCGAGAACAAGCGCAUGCGCGUCGGUAUCAUUCAUGUCGGCGCUCCUGCUGGAGGUAUGAACGCAGCUACACGGGCUGCAGUAGCCUACUGCAUUGCCCGCGGACACUCGCCAGUCGCCCUUCACAAUGGCUUCCCAGGUAUCAUCCGCCAUCACUCGGACGAGCCUAUCGGUGCGGUACGGGACAUCAAGUGGAUGGACGCUGAGACAUGGGCCUCCAAGGGCGGCUCAGAAAUUGGAACCAACCGCGGUCUCCCUAGUGAGGACCUCGAGACGACGGCGUUUGUGUUUAAAAAGUUCAACAUCCAAGCGCUGCUCGUUGUCGGCGGCUUCGAGGCCUUUACUGCCGUGUCUGAGCUUAGGAAGGCACGCGAGUACUACAAGGCGUUCAAGAUUCCCAUGGUUAUCCUCCCUGCCACCAUCUCGAACAACGUGCCCGGAACAGAGUACUCAAUUGGCUCGGACACAUGUCUCAACGCUCUCAUCCAAUACAGUGAUGCCUGUCGGCAGUCUGCAUCAGCAUCCCGUCGCCGUGUCUUCGUCAUCGAGACCCAAGGAGGCGAAUCGGGCUAUAUUGCUACACUAGCCGGUCUCAGUAUCGGUGCUCUGGCUGUCUACACACCAGAAGACGGCAUCAACCUAAAGAUGCUGGAUCGCGACAUUGACCAUCUACGGGACGUUUUCACCAAAGACAAGGGCGUCAGCAGAUCCGGAAAAGUGAUUCUCGUCAACGAGAAGGCGUCCAAGGUCUACAGUGUUCAGAUAAUAGCUCAAAUGAUUGCCGAAGCCGGAAAAGGCAAGUUUGAGUCGCGCCACGGUGUGCCUGGUCACUUCCAACAAGGCACCACGCCGUCGCCCAUGGAUCGUGUGCGAGCCGUCCGAUUUGCAACAAAGGCCAUGCAGCAGCUUGAAACGUAUGCGGAUAUGAGCCCCGAGGAGAUUGAAGAUGAUCCCCUGUCCGUCAGCGUGAUUGGCAUCAAGGGUUCCAAGGCUCUCUUCUCGCCCAUGGAAUCGGUGGAGAAGAAGGAGACUGAGUGGCACCGUCGUCGCCCCAAACAUGAGUUUUGGAUGGCGCUCAAGGAAAUGGUGGAUACGUUGAGUGGAAGACCAACUGCACCUACUAAGCCGGCCGAUGUAGACACGUUGGCGGGCAGACCGGGAAAGGUGGAGAUGGUCUAG